UAUUCCUCCCGACCAGCAGCGUCUUAUCUUCGCUGGCAAGCAACUUGAAGAUGGUCGUACGCUGUCGGAUUACAACAUCCAGAAGGAGUCCACCCUUCACCUAGUCUUGCGUCUCCGCGGAGGCAUGCAGAUCUUCGUCAAAACCCUCACGGGUAAGACCAUCACGUUGGAAGUCGAAUCUUCCGACACCAUCGACAACGUAAAGGCCAAGAUUCAGGAUAAGGAAGGCAUUCCUCCUGAUCAACAACGCCUCAUCUUUGCUGGAAAGCAGUUGGAAGACGGCCGCACACUCUCAGAUUACAACAUCCAGAAGGAAUCCACCCUUCACCUCGUACUGCGUCUCCGUGGAGGCAUGCAAAUCUUCGUCAAGACCCUCACGGGUAAGACCAUCACGUUGGAAGUCGAGUCUUCCGACACCAUCGACAACGUAAAGGCCAAGAUUCAGGACAAGGAGGGCAUUCCUCCUGACCAGCAACGCCUCAUCUUUGCUGGGAAGCAGUUGGAAGAUGGCCGCACACUCUCAGAUUAUAACAUUCAGAAGGAGUCCACCCUUCACCUCGUACUGCGUCUCCGUGGAGGCAUGCAAAUCUUCGUCAAGACCCUCACGGGUAAGACUAUCACUUUGGAGGUGGAAUCAUCCGACACCAUCGACAAUGUGAAGGCGAAGAUUCAGGACAAGGAGGGCAUUCCUCCUGACCAGCAACGCCUCAUCUUUGCUGGAAAGCAGUUGGAAGAUGGUCGUACGCUUUCGGAUUACAACAUCCAGAAGGAGUCUACGCUUCACUUGGUCUUACGUCUGCGCGGAGGCAUGCAAAUCUUCGUUAAGACCCUCACGGGGAAAACCAUCACCUUGGAGGUUGAGUCAUCUGAUACUAUCGACAAUGUGAAGGCAAAGAUUCAGGACAAAGAAGGCAUUCCUCCUGACCAGCAACGCCUUAUCUUCGCGGGAAAGCAGUUGGAAGACGGUCGUACACUCUCUGAUUAUAACAUUCAGAAGGAGAGCACCCUUCACCUUGUUCUACGUCUUCGUGGUGGUUGUUAGUUUGGG